UACAUUUACUAGCAUAUCCGGUAUGAAGCGCUGUCAAUAAGUCGAGUGUUUACACAACUUCAGUCGUCUGCUUUACAUUGAAAUGAGUGUGGAAAAUUCAAAGUGGAUCAAUAGAACACAUUAUUGGAAUAUGGGUACUUUUGGACUUAUUUCACACUCGAAUGGAGAACCGCACGACUUUUCUGCUUUAAAAUGGAGAAACGCACUGCUGAAAAGUGUUCUUUAAAAAUGGAAGAAAGGUCAAAUAUGUGCAGGAAGGAUGAAGUAUAACUUGCAUUUACAUAAUAUGUCAUUCCUUAUCAGAUACUCAAUUUGAAUUGAAACGGUCGCAAUGAUUGAAGGAAGAGUAUUGUUCAACGUUGUAAUUAAUUUAACUCAACGUUUUUGUUUCCGUUAAAUUCAAUAAUCUUUGCUUAUAAGCAACGUUAAAUUAUAAGUUAUGUCAACAUUUUCGCCGUUAUUUGUUUAUAUGAAUCGCUUACGUUGCUGAUAAAGUUUGACUUGUAAUAAUGGCAAUAACUUUGGAUGCGUAGCGUACUUUGCUGUAAGUUUGUUUCACCUUAUUAUUUGAUUAUUGUGAACGGUGUGGUACAUUAUUUAUAUAUAUAUGUUAAUAAAGAUACAUGUCUUUGCAUUUUAAAAGCAUGAUUUCACAAUAUAAAUUUUACUUAAAGACAUAUAUUUCAUUUUUUUUGCAUUGAUAUAUAAGUUCUAUCCAGCUUAUUGUUUGUGUAGUUGUUCCAUAUGUGUUCGCCUUCCUUUUUGUUGAAAAUGCGACAGAGAGUAUUGUGUGUUGUCCUGUUCUUGAUAUUAUCGCAAAUAGUAAUUUUGAUGAUUUUGUUUCCACUUCUAAAAAUACAAUACAAUCAAUUGUUUUACAAUCAUCGUCAUUACGUCAUCACGUUAAUUAUGGCAAGAAUACAACCGGAAGUUCCGCAGCACCAGUCGAGGACUCAAAUUUGAGGCCCAUGUAUUUCAAAAGCAAAUGCUCGACAAACAUGAAACUUAACAAAGAUAUGCUCAGCCAAGCAACCUGGAUUCCCGUUGACACCAGCAAUUCUACGUUCGUGUUUUCUGCUUACUACGAACACGCAGCCAAGCAUGUGGUACUCGUGGGGCUCAAAUCAAGUGAAGUUGUAGGUACAUGCCAACUGUGGUUCGCACACGGAAACGGGACGUUCGACAGAAUGGAAGAGAGUGCUUUAGAACUGUAUCAAGAUCUUACACCAUACAAUGGACAAAGAUAUGUUUCGUAUCUUUUCCGAUGUUCUUCGCCGAAUGGACAGCCAGCGUAUGCGUCAGUCGUCCAAACGAGCUGCCAACAACCGUCUAAACUGAUUGUUGUAAAAGUGUCCGAAACACCAAAGUCGUACAAACGAAAGUUUACGGCAUGCCUGAUGCCGUUGUUUGGAAAUUUCAGCGACGCUCAUUCGCUUGUGGAAUGGGUUGAACUAAAUCUCUUAUUAGGGGCAGAGAAGUUUUUUGUAUACGAUAAUUCAUCAGCUGAAAACAUACGUUGUGUUUUAAAAAUGUACGCGGAGCGAAACAUAGUCGAAAUUGUGCAAUGGCCAAUACCAGUUAAAGAUGUUCACUAUGUAGGACAAAUCGCGCAGCUUCAGGAUUGUUUGUUUCGCAAUAAACCAGAAUCUGAAUUUAUCGUUAAUGUGGAUAUGGAUGAGUUUAUAAUUCCCAGGAAGGACAACGUACGUACGUGGUCGGAUUUCGUAGCGAAUUCGAGUUCUGGAGCAUUUAUUUUUCGUAAUACAUUCUUUCUUAAGGAAACUUAUGACGAGAACAGUUCAAGCAAUGCAUUGGCGAAACAAUUUAAGCUAUAUUCGUUGCUGUUAUCGAAACAUGAACCAAAAGUCUGGGUGCAUGGGCAACGCUCAAAAUAUAUUGCUAGAACAUCGAUGGUAACAUGGCUUAGGGUGCAUGACGUCCUACAAUCGAGUUCGCAAAUAGACUUGGUUUCUGAAGACCAGGCGAUGUUGUUUCACUACCGGUACUGGGAAAACAAGAAUGUUAAUACUGACAACUUUGUGACCGAUGAGACAGUGAUACGAAAAUACGGAGAAACUUUAGUCGCUAACGUGAAACGGACUUGGACUGAAAUUGAAGCGCAUCGUUUGAAACAUUGCGAACCUUCUUCUAAAAACACAUCAUAAUCAAACAGGAGAUACAUUUAGUACAAAUCAAAUUUUACGUUAAAUGUGUAUUGAGAUUAAAAUAAUACCAGAUGAAUCAUAACGGCUGUAUUAUUUCUUGAACGUUAUGUUUGCUACUUAAAUGUUUAAUAAUACUGUAUAUUCGCAAUUACAUGAUUUAUGGUCAAUAACCGUAUUUGUUAGUGCAAGUUAAAUCAUCGUUCUUAUGAAUGUAUUAUACCUGGAUAUACGUAUGUUUAUUAACGUGUAUGUACACUCGUUAUUGGCUCGAUAGCGCUUCUGAAUUGCACACAUACGUGAUAUUACAUUUGCAUUUAAGUAAAACUAUAGAAUUUAUGUAACGGUAUGGCCCGUUAGUGCCGCUUUUUUGCAGAUGACAUUUUUACACAGUAUUGCUUAGUAGCCAUGCAUUCAUUAAACGAUUAUUCAAAGCCGGUCGUAAUUAAUGCGACGCUUAACAUGCAUUGUGUACAAUCUGACAAUUUAAAUAAAACACAUCCUAUUACAUAA